CAUGUGGGCGCGGUUUUGACGGUGCAACAGCGCCACUUUUAAGCAUUUAAUAACAACACAAGAGGAGACUACAGAGCGGUUUAUACCGUGGAAUUUGACAAUAACAGAGGGUUCAGUUAUGCCCGAAAAGGUCAGACAAUAUGGUUCAAGACAACGCACAGAUUCGCCAGCAGGGUGCCCAGGACUUUAUGGCGUACUAUGACUUCGCCUGUGCCAAGCAGGAGACUUUUCCUGUCCCUGCUGUUAAAGUGAACCUUGACAAAGGGAUGCUGAACUUUAAUGCAGACCGGCUCAAACUAUCUGACUGGCCACCCAUUCUGCAAGCAAUAUCUAUUAACAAGCACCUUCACCACAUCGCUAUAAGCAGCACUUACCAAGCUAGUAACACUUCAGGAGAUACAGUUUUGAAGAGGAGGCAGCAUAAAUCCACCUUUAAGAGGAAGAUUCCAGCCAUUCGCUCAAAGGAGAUGACAUUCAAGCUGUGCAAAGCCUUGGGAGACUGUUUAACUGUUUCCUCCAACCUCAAGACUCUGCAGCUUCAUGGACUUCUGCUGAGAGAAAGGGACCUCAUCGCUUUGACAAAAGGUUUGGCAAAAAGUGCUUCUUUGAAAAAUCUCUCUUUAGCUAACUGUCCCAUCUCAGAUGAGGGAUUGGAAGUCAUUUGCCAAAGUGUGAAGUACUCUACAACCAUCAAGACAAUUGAUUUCACAGGAUGCAGUCUUACAUGGAGAGGGGCAGAGCAUUUAGCCAACAUUAUUAAGUAUCAGGGAAUGCAGAGACAUGGUACAGCAUGGGCAGAGUCUUUGCGGUAUCGCCAUCCACAGCUGGAAGGAAUGAGCGGUCUUCGGCGAAUCACUCUUAACUGUAACACUUUGAUUGGCGAUAGGGGUGCAGCUGCUCUCGCUCGUGAGCUGGCUGAGGACCUCUGGAUUAAAGCUUUGGACUUACAGCGAUGCGGCCUAUCUAAUGAGGGAGCUCGCCGUUUGCUGGAAGCCCUGAAAACAAACUCCUUUCUGUGUGUGCUGGAUAUCCGCAGUAACCCUUUAGUUGAUAAAGCUUUGAUGAAAACGGUGAUAGAGAAAGUAGAAAUGAAUGCAGACGGGCAACCACUGGAGUACCACUGGAUCAAGCCGGCUGCUACAGAAUCGCAGAGAGUUUCUUCACUAAGCAAACUUCACUCAGUCAGAGAAAAAACUUUGUUUAAAAAAGUCACUGCUAAAGGCACAUCUCCCGGAGGUCGAUGUUCGGGUGAAUCUAGGACAAGAAUCAAGAAUUCCCGCUCCUGCUCUAUCCCAUGGCGGGCUGCUGCCCGAGCCGGGCGUCAGAGAGGUCUGCCUCCUGGAGUAACAGUAACAGACCACAGUUUUCAGGCUGCAGCUACUGUAAAAAUCACGGUGGAGGCCGAUUCAGAAGAAGAGGGCAAUGAUGAUGAACAGGAGGAAGUGGCGGCGGAACCGGAUCAGAGAACAUCUUUUUAUUUCCGGGACAGAAACACUGAACGACAGUUUGAGCGCCUCCAGAUGGAGCUGAAAGAGUAUCGUCUCAGGCUGGCAGAGGAACGCAGGGCCAGGCUGAAGGCUGAGUCAAGACUAUUGGAGUUUGAGUUGGAGAGUGCUCGCCUUCGUGAUGCCAACCGCUCCCUGACAGAAGCCCUUACAGCCGCUCGCUCAGCAUCAGCACCGUCUGCUUUCAGCGCUUUUGAAGAUGAGGCGGUCCUUCAAAGCAUUGAGAACUCGUUCACUAAGUUCCAUGCUUUCCUGGAUCUCCUUAAAGAUGCUGGACUUGGUCAGAUAGCGUCAAUGGCCGGCAUUGACGGGUCCGAUUUCCAGCCUUUUGGGCGACCUCAGCUCUCCUCAACAGUUGGACCACAUUUCGAAGGCACUGCCUCCCUCUCCACCAUCGGGCCCAGAGAUGUCCACACAAACAAAGAUGCUGACCUUUUGGGUUCCAAUGGGAUUUCUUCUGUCCCUGCUGACACAACACCCUGCAGAUCCCCAUCUCCCGUACGGCCAUCUUUGAACACCGACAGCGGGCUUCUUCCAUGCAGUCGAGCCGUUGCCCUGACAAGAGACUCUGCAGUGAGCGUAGAAAAAGAACCUCAUCAGUAUUUAAAGCCUGAUUUCGAGCCUGAGUCUGUGUGUGAGCGCAGUUACAGCAGCCAGAAAUCCUUUGGUAGUAAUUACUUUAGCAAAACCUUCCAGACUCACCCAAACCCACAUGAGAGCACUCGCAGCGGUUCCCAUGGAUACAGCCCCAACAGCAGCUUUGAGCACAGACAUGCCUCGAGACAGAGCAGCGUGUCCCAUGUUGGGUCAUCCGAAAGCGUCUGUGACAUUUUGAGUGACAAAUCCGAGUCUGUGAGGUCCUUUGGAACACGAAAUGGAAACAUGGUGGCAGGUGGUCCGUCGGAGUCCGAGAUCAGAGACAACAUUUUUCUCUGGGAAAGGAAGACUGGAAUCUAGUCGACAAAAAAUGUGAAAGUUUCAAAUAUUGUUCUGUUUUUAGCAUUUUAGUGCUGAGCGAUGAGGGAUAAGCUAAAGUGUGGAAAAAGUUUUAUGGGAUUGAGUAGAAAUAAUUUUUUUAUUGGAACAUGUAUUUUGGUAAAAGAAGAAUGUUUGUUCUUGAAGUCUUCUUUGUCAUUUAUUUUCUCCAAAUGUAAACAAUAAAACAUUCUUGUUUAUA